ACAUACGUGUUUUUGUUCGCAGUGCCUCCAAAUAUAGAGGACUACCAGUCCUCGUCAGACAUCAUUGUGCGAGAAGGGGCGAACGUGACUCUAACGUGCAAAGCGACUGGCAGCCCCAAACCAGCCAUAAGUUGGAAGAGAGACGACGGUUCGAAGAUCUCGAUUAACAAAACGUUCUCUGUAUUGGAGUGGAAAGGCGACACACUGGAUAUCACGCGUAUCUCAAGACUGGACAUGGGCGUUUAUUUGUGCAUCGCGACGAAUGGCGUUCCUCCGACAGUGAGCAAGCAGAUCAAAGUCUCUGUCGACUGUAAGCGAAUAACUUUCAUUUCAACCUAUAUAUCAAUCAAUCAUUCAUUACGAUGAUUUUCGUUCUAAAUCUCUUUUUUUUUUCUAACAAAUUAAGAAUUCAUUUGAAGUGUUUGGCCUAGUAAAAUUAGCUUGAAAUUUAAAUUAUUUAACGAAGAUUUUUAAUAGCAGGAGUUAGCGUGCGA